CAUGUGUCUUCAAAAGAAGUCCCACCCCCUCCUCUGCGCACAAUAUAUAAAGGUCGCCACGGCCUAUGCUAAUAUCAUACCUGGUGAUCUCUUACAUAGCCGCCAUGAAAAUUAUCGUUCUUGCCUGUCUCGUCGCCGUGGCUGUCGCCGCCCCUCAGCUUGAGGAGCGAGUGGUCGAGCUCCUUCGUGAUGACCGUGUAGCCAAUGAGGACGGCACCUUCUCCUACGCCCUAGAAGCCGACAACGGCAUCAACACAGCCGUUUCUGGAAGCAUCGGAGCCGAAGGCCAGAUCAACCAGGAGGGAUCCUACACGUGAGUGGUCAAGGCAACUGCGGAAAUAUAA